AUGAAGAAAGUGAGAAACAUCAAACUAAACGUAUUACUAAAACGCGAUAGCUCGUGGUCUUCGCAUGCUACUGGAAGGAAAACAGUUACCGAGCUAUAUGACCAACUCGUUCGGAAAGGUAUUAUUUCGUUUGAUAAAAGCCAGCGCGCUAUGACUGAGUCCUGCGAUCCUCUAGUGUCCCUUAUUAAUCGAUCCAAAGAAGUUCCCUCGUUGCCUCCCAUCCAUUUUAGCCCAAGUACGAAUCGUCUCCGCAUUGUCAACAGGAUAUACUUCUGUCAUCUAAUACGACAUUUUCUAUCAAAAGGCAUGCGUAAAUUAGUGUCGAAUACCCCUUCUCGCAGUCUUGAAAUUCCCCACCCCGUGUUCGUGGGCGCACCGGAAAAGCGAGGGUUAUAUAUCUGGGGUUCUGUCGGGAUUGGAAAGACAAUGAUACUCGAUUUAUUUGACAUGUGUGAUCUGCCAUUGCCAAAGCGUCGCUCGCAUUUGCAUUCCUUCAUUACGGAUAUCUCCAACCGCCUGGUUAAAGCGGAAUUGGACCUCCGUCAACGUCGGCUAGCGGCGCAAACCCCUUCGGAGAGGGGCCUCGUGGCCCCCGUCAGCCCGAUGGAUUUGGUAGUCGACGAUGUCCUUCGUGAAUCUCCUAUUUUGUGCUUUGAUGAAUUUCAAACCUUCGAUGUCGCCCACGCGGCCAUUCUUGCAUCAUUCUUUAAAAAUGCCUUUGCAAAGGGGAUUUUUUUCAUCACCACCAGCAAUCGGCCACCCGAAGAUAUCUGUACGGUAUCCUCUUCCUUUACGCAGUUUCUGCCGAUCCUAAAGUCCUACUGCUACGUGGUACACGCCGAAAACAUCAGGGAUUAUCGGUACAAGCCCACAAAGGAGCACUACCACGCGAAUAUAUUUUUGUAUCCCAACACCAAGGAGAACGCCGAGCGGAUGCUCCGACGAUUAAAUCGCGGGAUCAAGACCGCGCAAGGGGGCUCGGAGUGGAUGGAGGGCUACAGCUUAUGGCAUCACGGCCGCUGUAUGGUGAUCCCAUACUACCUUAACGGCGUUGCGGUUUUUGACUUUCAGGACAUUUGUGGAGGGCGGCAGGGGUUGAGCCCGGUUGAUUUCGAGCUCUUGGCGCACCUCACACACACCGUCUUCAUCGCGAACGUGCCAAAAAUCAGUUCUGCCAAUCGCAACGCCGCCCACCAAUUUAUUAUCCUCGUCGAUGAGCUCUACCAGCAUAACGUGAAGUUGCUCUUCACCUCGGAGGUGCCGUGGUAUGAGCUGUUGGAGUCCGAAGAGUACGGUACAAAGGCUAAUAUAUUAGGGGCCUCGACAGACUACUACUCGGAGGGCGAGGAUGAAAGAAGCGGGUGUGCCGCAGUGUAUAACUUUCAAAACGAGGAGGAAUCUAUCAGCUUCACACGUAUCAAAAGUCGCUUGCACGAAAUGGGUUGCAUGUCUUAUCUUCUCCGACAACAUGAACGUUUUGUUGUUUCGGAUUUUGAUUUUAAUUCUCUUAUAGAAAACAUAUAA